GUUGGUAAGACACGACCACCUUCUCUUCUUUUAGCUUCUGUAUCACACACAGUAGAGAUAGAGAGAGAAAGAGAGGAGAGAUAAAGAGGUCUUACUUACAAGAAGCAUGCAAACCUUGAACCAUGGCAUAUUCUUCUUCACUUUCCCUCUUCCUCGUUCCACUCUAGUCUCUACCUCCACUCUUCUUCCAUUAACACUUUCUCCCCGUUGUUCUAUCCAUGGCGGUCUCCGACGUCGAGGCUGUGUUGAAGUUCUUAAGGAAAAACGGAUUUUCAGAGGCCGAGUCCGCUCUCAAAGAGGAUAUGGUCGAGAAGGGCGAUCUGGGUUCCUCUGAUUAUGAGAAGUUCUUGUUUCCUAUGGUGCCACCUCCGCCGCCGGUCAGAAUUCCGACAACACACCGGCGAUCUGAUGUUUCUCGUGGAGAUGGCUGCUCGAGAUCGAGCUCUGUUUCUUCUGACGAUGAAUUUGUGAGCUUGGGUUCUUCUGCUUCGGAUAUUUGCUCUUCAGAAUUCACGAAUCCGUAUGGGAUUCGAUCGACGAGCCCCGAGAAUUCCAAAUCUUCAUCCGAUGAAUUAUCUCAAUUUGGCACAGCACGAGAUUACCAUGACUUUGAUAUGCAAAAUGACCUCUUUUGGUACAACGAGAAAGAUGAUGGCAACUUCAUGACUCCCUCUUUUGAAGGACCGGACUUCUUUGGUUGUCCUAGUGAAGAUAAGUUUAUAAUGACUUCAGAUAUAGAUAGGCAGUGGGAGAACCCAUUGGAUCUGAAUAAUCAUUCUAAGGAAUUUCAAUCAGAUAUAAGUUUAUGCCAUUCUAGUGUUGCUCCUGCUCAAAAUGAAUGUGAGGCUCUUCUUAUAGAUUGUUGUCAUUUUGAUAGAAGUAGCAAGCAUGAAGCAGGCGUUGAUGGAGAUCCUGAUGUUUGUGCUCAUCAUGAUUGUGACAUACCCUUUUGUGAUUGCAAUAUAGAAGGCAGAGGGUUUUAUGGUGAAAAUCCGAAAAGGAAUGUGUACCUAAGUAUGAAACAAGCCGCCGCGGAUAGUUUUGAUGUGAAGGUUGUUGAGGAUAUGACUCAGCCAGAUAUUGACUAUGCCCGAUGUAAGGGAACAGAAUUGAGUAUUGACUAUGCUGAUAAAAUGGAUUCCACUAACUAUUGGGCUGAAGAUAUUGACGGUUAUUCUGAUUUACAAGUCAAAGUUGCAAAUAAAGAUUUUAUGUCCAACGGAAUUAACAAGUACGAAGUGGGAAAUUUUGAAAUGGAUGAGGAGGUUAAUGAGCUUAAGGCUGCUACAAGCAGUGAGGAUGUUGCUGCUGAUGAGAUUAUGAUGUGCAACACUAAUGAGGAUGAAUAUGAAGUAUUUGACCUUAGAAUCAUACACAGAAAAAACAGGACCGGAUUUGAAGAAAACAAGGAUCUGCCUAUUGUGCUAAAUGCCGUUCUUGCUGGCAGAUAUUAUGUUACUGAAUACCUAGGUUCAGCUGCUUUCAGUAGAGUUGUCCAAGCACAUGAUCUUCAUACAGGUGUUGAUGUUUGCUUGAAGAUCAUAAAAAAUGAUAAAGAUUUUUUUGAUCAGAGUUUAGAUGAAAUUAAACUUCUGAAGUUUGUGAACAAGAAUGACCCUGCUGAUGAACGCCAUAUUUUACGACUUUAUGACUACUUCUACCAUCAAGAGCAUCUCUUCAUUGUUUGUGAACUACUUCGAGCAAACUUGUAUGAGUUUCAGAAAUUCAAUCAAGAAUCUGGUGGAGAGGCUUAUUUUACGUCGAGAAGAUUGCAGAUCAUAACCCGGCAAUGUUUAGAGGCCUUAGAAUUCUUGCAUGGCUUGGGAAUAAUUCACUGUGAUCUAAAACCUGAGAAUAUUCUUAUCAAGAGUUACAAGAGAUGUGAAAUAAAGGUCAUUGAUCUUGGAAGUAGUUGCUUCCAGACAGACAAUUUGUGCCUGUACGUACAAUCUCGUUCCUACAGAGCCCCUGAAGUAAUCCUGGGCCUCCCUUAUGAUAACAAGAUUGACUUGUGGUCUCUUGGCUGUAUCUUGGCUGAGCUAUGCUCUGGGGAAGUACUGUUUCCGAACGAUGCAGUUGUCAUGAUCCUCGCACGCAUGAUUGGGAUGCUUGGUCCUAUUGAUCUAGAAAUGUUGGAGAUGGGGCGAGAAUCGAACAAGUACUUCUCAGAAGAAUUCGAUCUCUAUCACAUAAACGAGGAAACAGAACAAUUAGAGUACAUAAUUCCUGAGGAAUCUUCCUUGGAGCAUCACCUGCGGGUUACCGAUACUGGGCUAGUGGACUUCAUCAGAGGGUUACUAGAAAUUAAUCCCCAGAGACGUCCAACGGCCAAAGAGGCACUCCAACAUCCAUGGCUUUCCCACAUUUACUUGCCCAGUUCUUUUUGAUCUUUCAAAUAAUAAGUCUGGUUGAUUUGCAGCUUUAUCUUAUCAUGGGCCUGGUUGAUUCUUUGAGCCCAUAUUCACACCGUACGGGAAAUGAAAGGAGUGCAUAUUUCCACUUGCAAUUUUGGUCUUGUAUACAGUUCUACAUUCUACGUUGGUUUCUUCUUCUCAUAUUUUUAUUUGGUACUGAUAAAAUAAGAGAUAUUUGCAGCCAAAGUAUCUAAUGAAGUAUCUAAUGUUCUAAUGUU